AUGUCAUCUUGUGUGGCAACGGAGGGGCGGAGGCUGUAUGACCCCAACACGGAGGGCGUUGGCUGCACCCGAGAACAGCAGGUGCUGUUAGAGCUCAAAACCCUUCUCGGGUGGACGCCGUCAGUGACGCUUGACGCCUCUGUUGACGCCUUCAUCCUCCGGUAUUUGUCUGCGGUGCACUUCUCCGUUUCGGAGGCGGCGGCUCUGCUGAAGCAACGGCGCUCCUAUGAGGUGAGUUUGCCCUCACUACAUAUCACCGCCCCGGUGGUGGAUGUUUUGCGCAGUGGUGCAGUCUCUGUCAUUGGCCGUGACGUGUUGGGUCGGCCAGUUCUGUACGUCACGACCCACCACAUCUCUCAGUCUGUGCUUGAGACCGAAGAUUUGCAGCGCCUCGUUACAGUGCUGAUGGAGUACAUGCUGUCGUACUGCGCGCAGGCGCCUGCGUCACCACCAAAUGGAAAUGGGGGUGGAAGCACGUUGCCACAAGAACACCAACAGGAAAUCAUACUUUUAGUGAAUGAGGAAGUUUCAUUGUGGCAUGCCAGCCAGGCGGCACUAGCCAACUUGAACGCCAUCUGCAGCGUUGUUUGUAAAUACUAUCCACGAUUUGUCAGGUUGGUACUUCUCUUUCAGCCUUCAUUGGAUGUACGGCAUGGAAUUAAAGCAGCCUUUGGUAAAAAGUUGGAGGAGUCGAUGCGUGUGGUACAGGUGGUCACACGGGGAAAUAUUCAAAAGUAUAUUGAUCGCUCUGUCCUAACCCUAGAACUGGGCGGUAGCAACACAUCGGUUGCGUCGCCUGAUACAUUUACUGACGCUGUUCUUUCUCACUGGUUCAACGUGAGAAGUUAUUUGACUAUAGAGGACACCAAGACAAGGCCACUGUGGCAGCUUCCACCAUCCUUUGUAAACAUUGGUGACUGGAGCCUUCUCCAGCGCCGUGCAGUGGCCACCACCGCAGCAUCCCCCGUGAUACUCAGCGCAAGAGGCAAUCAGUGUGAGCGCAUAUCAUGCACUUCCCGCCCCUCAACCGCCUUUCUUGGGGCCUCGGAGGAAGAUGAGGGCUUUUGUUCUGCCAUCUCCGAAGGAGAGGAUUUGGCUCACAUCAAUGGUAACCUGUGGGUUACACCCAGGGAUGUCUCUGUUGAUAUUGAUGCAGUGAACAAUACAUCGUCAUCCGUGCUGGUGCAGGAAUUACAGAAGGAGCGGGAUCUUAGAAUAGCGGCCGAGCAGCAGUUAAAGAAAAUUCGGCUUGGUAUUACGCUUGAUUUGGCAAUAGCAACGGAGGUCGAACGGACCCUCACAUGCAUACACUCAGAGUUGAAUGUUCUUGUAGGAAAUGUUGUUGUUCGCGCAAAAGAUGCGGCUGCAAACGGCUCUCCCCCAACCCUUGUGCAACUUCUCGAUUUGACACUAUCGGCGUUAGAGCUGGCGGCUCAUAAAGUGCAGCGUGUUCCGGCGAUGAAGUUUGCGGUGUCUGUGAGCCAAACCACACCGCCUAGCACAUCUUGUUGCUGCAUGAUGUAG